CAACAACAGCAGCAACAGCAGCAGCAACAACAAUAGCUUGCCCUGAUUGUCAUGUCAGCGAACCCAUUCCUUGUUCAAUUCAGAGCUCAUUGAGUUCUGCCCCUUUUGCACCAAUAUAUGAAUGUAGUAUGCAAAGUGAAGACACAUGCCCAUGUGAUGAUGGGUACCACAGGGACUUUGGAGAUGGUUUUGGUGCAGGCUACUUGGAGGGCGUGAUGGGAUUUACCUGGAAUUCAAACAUGUGUGUCAGACUUGAACAGGAUCAACCUGGGGAAUGUGAAGAAUGCGUGUGUGAAACGGAUCAGAGUCCGUCAAUUCCAGUUAGUAAACUUGUAUGUUCGCCAAUCGUCGACUGCAUAAAAACCACAACAGAGCCAACAGCAAGUACAACAGAAGAAGAAGCGCCAACAACAACCAUAGAGAGUACCACUCGUGUGACAACAACUGAGGCACCUACAACUUCUGGUCCUCCUUCAACGACUGAAAAAGUCAGCACAACAAUUGUGACAACCUCCCCUAAGGCAACCACCACAGAGACAAUCAUUGUGGAGACAACAACAGGCGAAGCGCCUACAACUGUUGUAACGACACGUGAAACCACCACUACACCCACAACUACAGGUGCACCUACAACCACCGAGGUUGUCACUACCACUGCUGUACAAACCACCACUCCAGAAGCAACAACUACUGAGGAGACAACUACUGUACGCACCACUACACAGCCAACAACGACAGAAGCCCCAACAACUACUGAAGCAACUACCACUCGUGUGACAACCACUGCAGCUCCUACAACGCCUGGCCCUCCUUCAACGACUGAGGAAGUCAGCACCACGGUUGUGACAAUUUCUCCAGAAACAACUACAAAAGAGAUAAGCACUGUGAUCUCCACAGCUGGCCCGUCAACCACACCUGAAGAAUGUGCUGAGGACCUUGAUGAUUACGACAAAGUGACAGUCUCAAGAGAAAAUUCUGACAGCUCUUCACUGGUUACACCCGAUCAAUGGUGGAAACCAGACAGUCCUCCAGAAAGCACUGAAACUCCACAUGAAGGAUCACACUUGACUGUGACCUUCGACCCAAGAAGUAAAGUUACAUCUGUAAUUGUCACAAAUGAAGAUGGAGUGCCUGAGGAUGUCACCAUUGCCUUUGAGUUUCAGCCAAGUGACCGUGCUAAAUACCUACCACUUGCCGAUGAAGCAAAUUCAAACAUCUUUAUCGGAAAGACUGACACCAAAAUCUCUUUACCAUCAAGCUUGCCAUUCAUAACAAGACUGAGAGUAUUCCUUGUUGGACCAAAUGCUGAUGCAAGUUAUAAAAUAGUCUUCAACGGCUGUGAAGAGACAGUUUCUACCAGCACAGAGGUGUUCAGUUCUACUGUCAGCACUACACGUGAAAUCACAGCCGCACCCACAACUACAGGCACACCUACAACCACAGAGGUGAUCACUACCACUGCUGUACAAACCACCACUCCAGAAGCAACAACUACUGAGGAGACAACUACUGUACGCACCACUACACAGCCAACAACUACAGAAGUCCCAACAACUACUGAAGCAACUACCACUCGUGUGACAACCACUGCAGCUCCUACAACUUCUGGCCCUCCUUCAACGACUGAGGAAGUCAGCACCACGGUUGUGACAAUUUCUCCAGAAACAACUACAAAAGAGAUAAGCACUGUGACCUCCACAGCUGGCCCGUCAACCACACCUGAAGAAUGUGCUGAGGACCUUGAUGAUUAUGACAAAGUGACAGUCUCAAGAGAAAAUUCUGACAGCUCUUCACUGGUUACACCCGAUCAAUGGUGGAAACCAGACAGUCCUCCAGAGAGCACUGAAACUCCACAUGAAGGAUCACACUUGACUGUGACCUUCGACCCAAGAAGUAAAGUUACAUCUGUAAUUGUCACAAAUGAAGAUAGAGUGCCUGAGGAUGUCACCAUUGCCGUUGAGUUUCAGCCAAGUGACCGUGCUAAAUACCUACCACUUGCCGAUGAAGCAAAUUCAAACAUCUUUAUCGGAAAGACUGACACCAAAAUCUCUUUACCAUCAAGCUUGCCAUUCAUAACAAGACUGAGAGUAUUCCUUGUUGGACCAAAUGCUGAUGCAAGUUAUAAAAUAGUCUUCAACGGCUGUGAAGAGACAGUUUCUACCAGCACAGAGGUGUUCAGUUCUACUGUCAGCACUACACGUGAAAUCACAGCCGCACCCACAACUACAGGCACACCUACAACCACAGAGGUGAUCACUACCACUGCUGUACAAACCACCACUCCAGAAGCAACAACUACUGAGGAGACAACUACUGUACGCACCACUACACAGCCAACAACUACAGAAGUCCCAACAACUACUGAAGCAACUACCACUCGUGUGACAACCACUGCAGCUCCUACAACUUCUGGCCCUCCUUCAACGACUGAGGAAGUCAGCACCACGGUUGUGACAAUUUCUCCAGAAACAACUACAAAAGAGAUAAGCACUGUGACCUCCACAGCUGGCCCGUCAACCACACCUGAAGAAUGUGCUGAGGACCUUGAUGAUUAUGACAAAGUGACAGUCUCAAGAGAAAAUUCUGACAGCUCUUCACUGGUUACACCCGAUCAAUGGUGGAAACCAGACAGUCCUCCAGAGAGCACUGAAACUCCACAUGAAGGAUCACACUUGACUGUGACCUUCGACCCAAGAAGUAAAGUUACAUCUGUAAUUGUCACAAAUGAAGAUGGAGUGCCUGAGGAUGUCACCAUUGCCGUUGAGUUUCAGCCAAGUGACCGUGCUAAAUACCUACCACUUGCCGAUGAAGCAAAUUCAAACAUCUUUAUCGGAAAGACUGACACCAAAAUCUCUUUACCAUCAAGCUUGCCAUUCAUAACAAGACUGAAAGUAUACCUUGUUAAACCAAAUCCUGAUGCAAGUUAUAAAAUAGUCUUCAACGGCUGUGAAGAGACAGUUUCUACCAGCACAGAGGUGUUCAGUUCUACUGUCAGCACUACACGUGAAAUCACAGCCGCACCCACAACUACAGGCACACCUACAACCACCGAGGUGAUCACUACCACUGCUGUACAAACCACCACUCCAGAAGCAACAACUACUGAGGAGACAACUACUGUACGCACCACUACACAGCCAACAACUACAGAAGUCCCAACAACUACUGAAGCAACUACCACUCGUGUGACAACCACUGCAGCUCCUACAACUUCUGGCCCUCCUUCAACGACUGAGGAAGUCAGCACCACGGUUGUGACAAUUUCUCCAGAAACAACUACAAAAGAGAUAAGCACUGUGAUCUCCACAGCUGGCCCGUCAACCACACCUGAAGAAUGUGCUGAGGACCUUGAUGAUUACGACAAAGUGACAGUCUCAAGAGAAAAUUCUGACAGCUCUUCACUGGUUACACCCGAUCAAUGGUGGAAACCAGACAGUCCUCCAGAAAGCACUGAAACUCCACAUGAAGGAUCACACUUGACUGUGACCUUCGACCCAAGAAGUAAAGUUACAUCUGUAAUUGUCACAAAUGAAGAUGGAGUGCCUGAGGAUGUCACCAUUGCCGUUGAGUUUCAGCCAAGUGACCGUGCUAAAUACCUACCACUUGCCGAUGAAGCAAAUUCAAACAUCUUUACUGGAAAGACUGACACCAAAAUCUCUUUACCAUCAAGCUUGCCAUUCAUAACAAGACUGAGAGUAUACCUUGUUAAACCAAAUCCUGAUGCAAGUUAUAAAAUAGUCUUCAACGGCUGUGAAGAGACAGUUUCUACCAGCACAGAGGUGUUCAGUUCUACUGUCAGCACUACACGUGAAAUCACAGCCGCACCCACAACUACAGGCACACCUACAACCACAGAGGUGAUCACUACCACUGCUGUACAAACCACCACUCCAGAAGCAACAACUACUGAGGAGACAACUACUGUACGCACCACUACACAGCCAACAACUACAGAAGUCCCAACAACUACUGAAGCAACUACCACUCGUGUGACAACCACUGCAGCUCCUACAACUUCUGGCCCUCCUUCAACGACUGAGGAAGUCAGCACCACGGUUGUGACAAUUUCUCCAGAAACAACUACAAAAGAGAUAAGCACUGUGACCUCCACAGCUGGCCCGUCAACCACACCUGAAGAAUGUGCUGAGGACCUUGAUGAUUAUGACAAAGUGACAGUCUCAAGAGAAAAUUCUGACAGCUCUUCACUGGUUACACCCGAUCAAUGGUGGAAACCAGACAGUCCUCCAGAGAGCACUGAAACUCCACAUGAAGGAUCACACUUGACUGUGACCUUCGACCCAAGAAGUAAAGUUACAUCUGUAAUUGUCACAAAUGAAGAUGGAGUGCCUGAGGAUGUCACCAUUGCCUUUGAGUUUCAGCCAAGUGACCGUGCUAAAUACCUACCACUUGCCGAUGAAGCAAAUUCAAACAUCUUUAUCGGAAAGACUGACACCAAAAUCUCUUUACCAUCAAGCUUGCCAUUCAUAACAAGACUGAAAGUAUUCCUUGUUGGACCAAAUGCUGAUGCAAGUUAUAAAAUAGUCUUCAACGGCUGUGAAGAGACAGUUUCUACCAGCACAGAGGUGUUCAGUUCUACUGUCAGCACUACACGUGAAAUCACAGCCGCACCCACAACUACAGGCACACCUACAACCACAGAGGUGAUCACUACCACUGCUGUACAAACCACCACUCCAGAAGCAACAACUACUGAGGAGACAACUACUGUACGCACCACUACACAGCCAACAACUACAGAAGUCCCAACAACUACUGAAGCAACUACCACUCGUGUGACAACCACUGCAGCUCCUACAACUUCUGGCCCUCCUUCAACGACUGAGGAAGUCAGCACCACGGUUGUGACAAUUUCUCCAGAAACAACUACAAAAGAGAUAAGCACUGUGACCUCCACAGCUGGCCCGUCAACCACACCUGAAGAAUGUGCUGAGGACCUUGAUGAUUAUGACAAAGUGACAGUCUCAAGAGAAAAUUCUGACAGCUCUUCACUGGUUACACCCGAUCAAUGGUGGAAACCAGACAGUCCUCCAGAGAGCACUGAAACUCCACAUGAAGGAUCACACUUGACUGUGACCUUCGACCCAAGAAGUAAAGUUACAUCUGUAAUUGUCACAAAUGAAGAUGGAGUGCCUGAGGAUGUCACCAUUGCCGUUGAGUUUCAGCCAAGUGACCGUGCUAAAUACCUACCACUUGCCGAUGAAGCAAAUUCAAACAUCUUUAUCGGAAAGACUGACACCAAAAUCUCUUUACCAUCAAGCUUGCCAUUCAUAACAAGACUGAAAGUAUACCUUGUUAAACCAAAUCCUGAUGCAAGUUAUAAAAUAGUCUUCAACGGCUGUGAAGAGACAGUUUCUACCAGCACAGAGGUGUUCAGUUCUACUGUCAGCACUACACGUGAAAUCACAGCCGCACCCACAACUACAGGCACACCUACAACCACCGAGGUGAUCACUACCACUGCUGUACAAACCACCACUCCAGAAGCAACAACUACUGAGGAGACAACUACUGUACGCACCACUACACAGCCAACAACUACAGAAGUCCCAACAACUACUGAAGCAACUACCACUCGUGUGACAACCACUGCAGCUCCUACAACUUCUGGCCCUCCUUCAACGACUGAGGAAGUCAGCACCACGGUUGUGACAAUUUCUCCAGAAACAACUACAAAAGAGAUAAGCACUGUGAUCUCCACAGCUGGCCCGUCAACCACACCUGAAGAAUGUGCUGAGGACCUUGAUGAUUACGACAAAGUGACAGUCUCAAGAGAAAAUUCUGACAGCUCUUCACUGGUUACACCCGAUCAAUGGUGGAAACCAGACAGUCCUCCAGAAAGCACUGAAACUCCACAUGAAGGAUCACACUUGACUGUGACCUUCGACCCAAGAAGUAAAGUUACAUCUGUAAUUGUCACAAAUGAAGAUGGAGUGCCUGAGGAUGUCACCAUUGCCGUUGAGUUUCAGCCAAGUGACCGUGCUAAAUACCUACCACUUGCCGAUGAAGCAAAUUCAAACAUCUUUACUGGAAAGACUGACACCAAAAUCUCUUUACCAUCAAGCUUGCCAUUCAUAACAAGACUGAGAGUAUACCUUGUUAAACCAAAUCCUGAUGCAAGUUAUAAAAUAGUCUUCAACGGCUGUGAAGAGACAGUUUCUACCAGCACAGAGGUGUUCAGUUCUACUGUCAGCACUACACGUGAAAUCACAGCCGCACCCACAACUACAGGCACACCUACAACCACAGAGGUGAUCACUACCACUGCUGUACAAACCACCACUCCAGAAGCAACAACUACUGAGGAGACAACUACUGUACGCACCACUACACAGCCAACAACUACAGAAGUCCCAACAACUACUGAAGCAACUACCACUCGUGUGACAACCACUGCAGCUCCUACAACUUCUGGCCCUCCUUCAACGACUGAGGAAGUCAGCACCACGGUUGUGACAAUUUCUCCAGAAACAACUACAAAAGAGAUAAGCACUGUGAUCUCCACAGCUGGCCCGUCAACCACACCUGAAGAAUGUGCUGAGGACCUUGAUGAUUACGACAAAGUGACAGUCUCAAGAGAAAAUUCUGACAGCUCUUCACUGGUUACACCCGAUCAAUGGUGGAAACCAGACAGUCCUCCAGAAAGCACUGAAACUCCACAUGAAGGAUCACACUUGACUGUGACCUUCGACCCAAGAAGUAAAGUUACAUCUGUAAUUGUCACAAAUGAAGAUGGAGUGCCUGAGGAUGUCACCAUUGCCGUUGAGUUUCAGCCAAGUGACCGUGCUAAAUACCUACCACUUGCCGAUGAAGCAAAUUCAAACAUCUUUACUGGAAAGACUGACACCAAAAUCUCUUUACCAUCAAGCUUGCCAUUCAUAACAAGACUGAGAGUAUACCUUGUUAAACCAAAUCCUGAUGCAAGUUAUAAAAUAGUCUUCAACGGCUGUGAAGAGACAGUUUCUACCAGCACAGAGGUGUUCAGUUCUACUGUCAGCACUACACGUGAAAUCACAGCCGCACCCACAACUACAGGCACACCUACAACCACAGAGGUGAUCACUACCACUGCUGUACAAACCACCACUCCAGAAGCAACAACUACUGAGGAGACAACUACUGUACGCACCACUACACAGCCAACAACUACAGAAGUCCCAACAACUACUGAAGCAACUACCACUCGUGUGACAACCACUGCAGCUCCUACAACUUCUGGCCCUCCUUCAACGACUGAGGAAGUCAGCACCACGGUUGUGACAAUUUCUCCAGAAACAACUACAAAAGAGAUAAGCACUGUGACCUCCACAGCUGGCCCGUCAACCACACCUGAAGAAUGUGCUGAGGACCUUGAUGAUUAUGACAAAGUGACAGUCUCAAGAGAAAAUUCUGACAGCUCUUCACUGGUUACACCCGAUCAAUGGUGGAAACCAGACAGUCCUCCAGAGAGCACUGAAACUCCACAUGAAGGAUCACACUUGACUGUGACCUUCGACCCAAGAAGUAAAGUUACAUCUGUAAUUGUCACAAAUGAAGAUGGAGUGCCUGAGGAUGUCACCAUUGCCUUUGAGUUUCAGCCAAGUGACCGUGCUAAAUACCUACCACUUGCCGAUGAAGCAAAUUCAAACAUCUUUAUCGGAAAGACUGACACCAAAAUCUCUUUACCAUCAAGCUUGCCAUUCAUAACAAGACUGAAAGUAUUCCUUGUUGGACCAAAUGCUGAUGCAAGUUAUAAAAUAGUCUUCAACGGCUGUGAAGAGACAGUUUCUACCAGCACAGAGGUGUUCAGUUCUACUGUCAGCACUACACGUGAAAUCACAGCCGCACCCACAACUACAGGCACACCUACAACCACAGAGGUGAUCACUACCACUGCUGUACAAACCACCACUCCAGAAGCAACAACUACUGAGGAGACAACUACUGUACGCACCACUACACAGCCAACAACUACAGAAGUCCCAACAACUACUGAAGCAACUACCACUCGUGUGACAACCACUGCAGCUCCUACAACUUCUGGCCCUCCUUCAACGACUGAGGAAGUCAUAACAACGGUUGUGACAAUUUCUCCAGAAACAACUACAAAAGAGAUAAGCACUGUUAGCACAACUGCAGUUCCUUCAACUACUGAGGUUGGGACAACUGUAGCCACGACUACUGGAGCAACAACAAUUAUCACAACUGUCUUAUCUCAAAGAACUGUGUUUCCUUCAACUACUGAGGUUGGGACAACUGUAGCCACGACUACUGGAGCAACAACAAUUAUCACAACUGCAUCGCCAACAACGACUGGCGAAGUCACAACCACAGAGGCUCCAACAACAACUGAAGAAGCUUCUACGACUAUUGUUUACACAACUACUCCUCAGGGAACGACAAAAGAGGCCACAACAAUUGUGACGACCACUACAGCGGCAACAACUUCUGAAGCGCCAACAACAACCAUAGAGAGUACCACUCGUGUGACAACAACUGAGGCACCUACAACUUCUGGUCCUCCUUCAACGACUGAAAAAGUCAGCACAACAAUUGUGACAACCUCCCCUGAGGCAACCACCACAGAGACAAUCAUUGUGGAGACAACAACAGGCGAAGCGCCUACAACUGUUGUAACGACACGUGAAACCACCACUACACCCACAACUACAGGUGCACCUACAACCACCGAGGUUAUCACUACCACUGCUGUACAAACCACCACUCCAGAAGCAACAACUACUGAUGAGACAACUACUGUACGCACCACUACACAGCCAACAACGACAGAAGUCCCAACAACUACUGAAGCAACUACUACUCGUGUGACAACCACUGCAGCACCUACAACUUCUGCCCCUCCUUCAACAACUGAAGUAUUGACUACAACCAAAACAACCACCACCCCUGAAGCAACCACAACAGAAACAACCACAGUUGAGACAACCACAGUUGUCACUCCGAAACAAACGACCCAACCUUUCUCCACCACCGAGGGUUAUUGUAACGAAGAUCUGGACGACUACGAGCCAGUCAUCGUCCAACGACACCUCUCCAGCGCAACAACCGUGCAACUUCUCCGAAACGAUCCAUGGAUCCCCAGCAAUCUACCAAUGCCUGAUCUUGAAGAGGAAGUUUACGAUAGACCGCACAUGGUGGUUGAUUUUAACGUGGGGGUUAAAAUCACCUCCGUGCGAAUCAAUUCCAAUGAUGGCAUACAGCAUCCAGUGAGUGUUGCCUUCAAAUACACGUUGAGCGGAACAUCCACCGAUACCGAUUUGAUGAGUGUUGAUAAUAGUUACAUCUUCUACGGUCUGACUGGAGAUAAGAUUCGCCUUCCGGAGGACACACCCUUUGUUACACGACUGAACGUUUACAUUGUGAAGGGAGAUUAUGUUGCCAGUAAUCUGGGUUAUACAGUGAGCUUUGAUGGCUGCGAAGAAGCGAUUCCAUCAACAACUGCACAGACUACCCCACUUCCAACCACAACUGAGACAAUUACAGAAGUGACAACAGCAAGCCCAACAACAUCCCAGCCAACCACAUCCAAAACAACCAUUGUGGUCACAAGUACGCCCGAAUCGACAACGACGGUUCGUAGCACGACAGUCUCAACAACUACAGCGUGUGUUCCGAAAUAUGAGGAAGUCUGUACAUGGACUGACUGGCUAGAUGAUGAAGUCGACGGUGCCAAGGUCACAGAUAUACCCUAUGAGUAUGAGCUCAUAAGUGAUCUUAGAAAGCUCUACAGCUUCUGCGAGUUACCGACAGAUAUCAUCUGCGUCGUAAAGACAAGACGAGAUAUAUCAAGCGAAUGGGCUGGCCAGCGCUCAUCGUGUACCAAGUCGGAUGGUUUCCGGUGCAUACAUUCAGAUCAAAGUUAUCCUCCGUUUUGUUUUGAUUACGAGAUUCGAUUGAAGUGUUGUGAGAUUGUGCACGUUGGUUGUGAAACUACAACAGCAGCACCUACGACUCUACCGACCACGACUGCACAACCCAUCAUUUCAACAACACAAGUAUCAACAACUCCUGUGACAGAUUGUUCACCUAUGACCUAUCAAGACUGUCCGUGUCCCCGUACAUGUGAGCAGCCACUUGUGCCAUGUCCUGAAAUAUGUAUCCCUGGAUGUAGCUGUCCACCUGGCCAAUACUGGGAUGAGGAGAGCGGGAGAUGUGUUACUAACUGCCCAUGUGACAAUUCCGAUCACGGGAUCGAUGAGAUUUGGUAUACAGGUGAUUGCAUCAUGUGUAAAUGGGAGAAUUAUGCUCUGUGUAAUGCCAGCUGUGGUGAAUACUGCCAGUAUGAAGAUGGGUGCGACGAAGGGUAUCAACUUGUUAAUGAAGAUCCAGAUGAUCUACGAUGCUGCCACUGCAUUCCAAUAGAGUCAACAACCACUACCGAGUCAACGACAACCCCGACCGAGUCAACAACCACUACCGAGUCAACGACAACCCCAACCCCAACCGAGUCAACAACCACUACCAAGUCAACGACAACCCCGACCGAGACAACAACCACUACUGUGUCAACGACAACCCCAACCGAGUCAACAACCACUACCGAGUCAACGACAACCCCAACCGAGUCAACAACCACUACAGAGUCAACGACAACCCCGACCAAGUCAACAACCACUACUGAGUCAACGACAACCCCAACCGAGUCAACAACCACUACAGAGUCAACGACCACCCCGACCGAGACAACAACCACUACUGUGUCAACAACUCCAUCACCCUGUGAUGAAGAUCUUGAUGAUAGUCCAAGUAUUGAAAUAACAAGAAAAUACAAAGAUGGUAACGACUUGGGGACACCGAAUCCAAUACCAGUUGCUGGUUGGACACCUUCCAACCCCUCAACACAAGUCAGCAAUCCACACACCGGAUCCCACCUUAUCAUUACCAUCAACACAACGAUUGAAAUCACUUCAGUCCUCAUUAAGAGUUCAAAUCCUUCAGAGAAAGUGACAGUUGCUUUUGAAACCCAUUACGACAUUCGAGAUGGGUUUGAACGCCUUAACAACUCAGAUGGAGGUUAUAUCUUUGAAGGCGACUCAAGCACUAAGAUCCGCCUACCACCAAACACUUUUGCAACCGCUAUAAAAGUGUACCUGGUGCAUCCCAAUGCAUCUUCCAGCUUCGAAGUGAAGCCCUUUGGCUGUGACAAAGAGGAACCAUGUGGAUAUCUUGGCUCAUAUUAUAAGAAAGGAGAGAUUGUAAUCAUUGAAGAGCCAUGCCAUUAUGGAAUUUGCGAGGAGGGCGGAGUUAUCGUGAAACAACCGGAGUGUGACCCAAUCGAGUGUCCAGAGGGUUCAACAAUGGAGAGUGCUCCAACAGAAAGCUGCUGCCCAGUCUGUGUUCCCAUACCGAGUUGCAAAAACAACAGCAACCUAAACUACCUUGUGAUUGAAAACUGCAUUUCCGCCAACAUGAUUCGUGAGACGAGCUGCUCUGGGUCUUGUCCAUCUUAUGUUUACGCCCAAACCACAAUAGAGCUCAAGAUGGGAAGUUUCUGUGAAUGUUGUCGUCCAACUCGAUUGAGUGAAAAUACUGUUGAAAUGCAGUGUGAUGAUCAAACGACCUACAGUCAUACCUAUCAGGUGAUAGAAGAAUGUACCUGUAAAAGCUGUGUCGAAAAUCUCUAA